UAGUAAGCGCCAUGGAAAUGAGUCAGCUGAAGUCGCUAGUCAUGGGCAAUAAACUGCAGAGUGCCUGGGCGUUGCUGCACAUGAGCUAUCUGUUCCUGUCCUUCUGGUUCUAUAUCCCGUACUUCGGCUGGAACGUGGUGGCCUACCAUCGCCCACUGAAGGUGUCGAUGAUUCUAUACGCCUUCUCCACGUACACCGAGCUAGGGAUGCCGCAGUUCAACAGGGAAUACUUGAGAAAAAUGUUAGACAGUGGUAAUACGCACUUCCUGCUGUACUCCAUCAUUUUCAUCAUCGAUGACGAGACCAGGCUGGGAGCUGCACUCUGGCCGCUAUUCGUCUACUCGACCUUCCAGGUAUUCAACUGGGUCAAGCUGAGCUUCGUGCCCGCGGUAGCUCCGUCUGUGGCGGCUGAAUUCCGUAGCUUUGAGCUCACGCGGAUGUUCGAGCAGAUGAGACAACCUGCGUUGGUCAUGGCUGCCGAUCUAGAAGUGAAGUUGUUCUUCAUCAUCCUGGUCUUUGCCAUCCUAGGAUUAUUCGGCGUGGGUAACCAGCAAUUGGCUGGAGUGUUCUUCUACUACCAAUUGCUACGUCUGAGGUACCGUGUUAGCCCAGAGACUCAGCGGUCUGUGGCCAUGACCAAACACACGGUGGACGGCUACCUGUACAGCGCAAGAUGUCCGGAAAUGAUCCGCAACCUUUACGUGAAGGCGUUGACUUGGGUGGGAUAUGUCUGAAUAGUCCACUGUGCGCAUGCGCCUAUUGGCCUGCCCCAGGACGAACACACGAGCCGUGCAGCGUGACCCAAAUGUGAAAUAAACAAAAUACUGACUUAACAAUGCAAACGCUUGGUGAUAUGCGAACAUGGUAGUAGUCAGUACGUCGCCAUCUGGCCGUAGGUAUCGUUUACAGUUUUAUUUGUGGCUUAGUGGUGCGCAGUUCGAGCACUAUUCGCGCAUUCAUGGCACACUUAUGUAGGUCUGUUUACAUUUCUAGUGUACGUGUGUUUGGAAACCCC